AUGAGAAAAACCAUUCAAGGACAAAUCUAUCCUAAUCAAACAACAAGGAAAAUACUAGAAGUAAUUUCUCGUGGUUGUCAAAAAGUUUAUAAUCACUUUGUAGGAAAAAGAAAAAAGUGUGAUAAAAAGAAGCAGAAGCAACCUAGUAAAUAUGAACAAAAAAGACAAUUAAAAAAGUUCAAGGAUGAUAAUCCUAAAUUGAAAAGAAUUCAAUCUCAAAUUCUCCAAGAAAUACAAGGAGCAAAAGUUAAGCAAUCUAAAAGAGAAUUAAAAAUCCCUUUAAAACUUAACCAACCACUUCAAGGAGAAAUUAAAACUUUAACUAUCUCUUGGAAAAAAAAACCAAAAAUGCCAUUGAGCGAAGUAAAGAGAGCCAUGGGAGGAGAUAGAGGAAGCAUUAAUAUAGUUGCUAAUAAUGAGGGAGAUAAAACAAAAUUAAGUAAAAACCACAACAAAGCAAAGAAAAAGUUAGUUAAGGAAUGUCAGCGUUUAACUAACCGAGUAAAGGAUAGAAACCAUAAAAUUACUCGGAGAAUAGUUGACAAAAAUGAUUUAAUUGUUUAUGAAGAUUUAAAGUUAAAAAAGAUGAAAGAGAAAAAAAAGCAAGGUAAAAAGCGAAAGAUUAGCAAAUACUCGGUUAAGGGAUUGCAAGAGAAAGAGUAUAACUUCGAAAAAUGGGAACAUGGCUGGUCUUUGCCAGUUAAACCAUCAGAAACUUCUACUUCAAACUCGAAAGAGUUAAGUAGGGGUAGUUCAUAUCGAAAAGAAAAUAUUGAAGCAACAAGAAUUAGGACGAUUGCAGAACCUAUUCGAAAUCCUGACAGAGCUCCACAAAGAGAUGCAUUAGCUGCGGUUGCUAAUGCAAUUUUUUCGAGGAUUGAUGAUAUUGAUGAUGAAAUAGAUGUUCGAACAAUAAGGAACAAUAUUGCCGGCAACCUUAAUUUACCCGAAACUAAUUCCGGAGAAGUGACCGCUAAAUUAGAUGCUUUAGUUGACUUACGUGAUAACCAUGGAAAUACUGGAACUCUUUAUACGGCUGCUUAUGGUCGAGGUGAAACUACCAGAGAUGAAAUUACCGCCAAAGUAACCGCUUUAACCGCUUUACGGGAUGGGGAAGCAACGGAUGCAAAUACUCAUGCAGCUUGA